GAUUGGCCUUUAAAUGCAUGUCAUUUAUUAACCUGUCAUGAUUACUGGUAUUUAUAGUGUAGGCCAUACUGCUCAAAGACAGUUUGUGUCUUCAAUGUAAAUUUCUCAGUAACUCCCGUGAUGGCUGCUGAUGGUCUUAGGGUGCUCUAACAUUUAAAACAGUAUCAAUUGGCAAACUGUCAGUUCAGAAUUGGAAUCUUAAUUAGUACAAGCACACUUUACAAUUUACCUUUUAAUAAUAAAGGUUGAAAUGUACAAAACAUAGUAAAAUAUAUCUGACUUGCAGUGUGCAGGAAUCAUUACAAUAUUAUUUAAUCAGCUAGUUUUUACCAGCUAUGAAAAGGUGUACCUAAAUUUAAAUACACUUUCAGAAGAUCAUCACCUGGGGGCGGUGUCGUGUUAUUCUGAAGCUGAACGAGACAAACGAUGGAGGCGUCGACAGUGGAGGCUAAACCCGCUGAUGGUGUGAGCGCUCUGAAACAGUAACAUGAAUAGUAACCAUAAAAAAAAAAAAGGUACAAUUUUGGAUAUUAUAUUUGAGUUAGCAGGAAAAGAACCGCUGUGCAGAUAUCCGGCUGUUCUCGGAGACAAAGCUUGAGACCGCGCCGCAUCCUUUGUUGGACCAGGCCCGCCCAUUCUCCAGAGCAUCUGUCGGAAACCCUGCGACAACAACAGACAAUACAUUUCACGUCGGAGGUAGGCUCCUGAGAAAUGUCACCGUCCUGUCAGCCGGAUGACAUUUUCAGCAGAUAAAAACAAGCGUUUGACAGCGUUGUUCCUGACAAUGACCGUUGUGUUAUUGUAUUGCAAAUAGCGGAACGGAUGCUGCAAAAUAACACGUGUUCUAUUAAAUAACAACACACCCCACCGCCUAUUAUGGACUUUCCAGGUCAUUUCCAGCAUAUUUUCAAGCAGCUCAACCACCAGCGCCUCCAUGCUCAGCUGUGUGACUGCGUCGUGGUGGUUGGAGGCCAGAGCUUCCAGGCUCACAGCUCCAUCCUGGCCGCAUGCAGCUCCCACUUCAGGGCUCUUCUGAGCUCCAAUGACAGUGGUGAUGAGGUGGGCAGACCAGGAGCUGACUUAGGUGGAGGCGGGGGCCCCAGUGUGAUGGAGCUAGAUCCGGAGGUGGUGACCCCAGAGGCCUUCUCCACCUUGCUCGACAUGAUUUACACCUCCACGCUCUCUCCGGGGGCCUCCAACGUGAUGGAUGUGCUGUUGGCGGCAUCACACCUGCAUCUCAACACUGUGGUCAAGGCCUGCAAGCUCCACCUGUCCAGGCAAAACUUUCCUGCAUCGCCCCCGAAAGGCUGGAGGUCAGUGCAACAACAGCAGCAGCAGCAUCCAUCGUCGGCCUUGCUGCAACAGGCCACAUCUGUCAUGGAGGAGUACAUGGAUGAGGAGGAAGUGGGAGUGGAGGUUAGUCAGUCUGGUGGGGUUGAAGACCAGGGGAUGAGGUGUCAAAUCAGUGGGGAGCAGAGUGCUGCGCCAUCUUUGAGGCACAAGAGGAAGUCUGACGAGGAUGGGCUCGGUGGCAGAAAGAGGUCCUACAGGCUGGCUGAGGGAAACUAUAAGGAGUGUUCACCUACUGUAACUAGAAGCACCGUCAGUGCAGAGGAGGGUGGAGAGGAGCUGCUGUCCCCAGACUGCCUGAAGACCACGUACGGACUCUGGGAGAGCCGAGGCGAGGAGGAGGAGGAGGAGGUGGAGGAGAAAUAUGAAGCAACUAAGGGAGAGUCGGAGGAGAUCCAGCUGCCGAGCCAAUCGGACUGCAGCAUGGGAGGUGUAGCUGCGUGGAAGAAGGGUGGAGAUACAGAGGGAGACACCGUGGUUAAAGUAAAGGUGGGAGAAGAAGGGGAGGAGGAGGGAGACGAGCCAAAGUUGAUGAUUGAGGUGAAAAAGGAAAACCUGACCUCAUACUCCCCAGGUCUUGCAAACAAUUCUCCUCUAUCUCCACCACAAGACUGCACAGACCAUUUUGACGCACAACUAAAUGAGGAGAAAAUGGCCACAGUCUGCCCAACCGAGUGUGAUGUUAGCUCUUUACAAUCUCAGCUGUGCGCAGAUCUUCAAACCGACGCACAGAGAGAGGCUGGACAUUUGGGUGACGGGUCAGUAGACAGUGAAGGCCUAGACAGCCUGUCAGAACUUGCCUUUUCCUGCUUCCUCAAUCCCAGUAGUGAAAGUGUACUGGGAGCUUUGGAGGAAGAAGACAGCCUAGCUAGCCUCACUGCUGCCGCUACCGCUGCCGCCACUGCCAGUGAUGCUCCUGCAGCUGCUGGAGAUACUGGGGAGCUGUAUCAAAAUUCAGAAGAAGUCUCUUCUGCUCAGUGUUCUGAUUCCUCACUCGUUUUCCCAGUAACCCCUGUCCCCUUGCAGCAGCUUCUCCCAACUCAGGGCCCUGGUUUCAGUGACACACUCAUCCUCCAGCCCAGCCAGAACUCUUUAGCAGGGUUCCUGAGUGGCAUCAGACCAGGCCUUGGUCUGGAAACCUCCCUCAUCCAACCCUCCAGGGCCGGGAAAAGCUCAGGGGCAACAACCUUCCGUCGCAUCGCCCCUAAAGUGCCACCCGGAUCAGAAGCAGGCACAGAUGGUUCCUCGGCAUCGGCGGGGGACGCUGCUGAACGGCCGUUUCUCACCAGAGCUUCAGAGGACGUUCUGUCCAAGUGCAAGAAAGCAGCUGCUGAAGACCUCGUGCUGUUGGUGGAAGGGGAGAAGAAGUACGCAUGCAAAAUCUGCUGUAAGACCUUCAUGAACCUGACUGACUGUAAGAAACACAUUCGGGUCCACACGGGAGAAAAGCCCUACCCCUGUCCAAAGUGUGGCAAACGCUUCAGCCAGUCCUCUCAUCUGUAUAAGCACUCGAAAAAUACCUGCCUGAACUGGAAAGAGGAUCCAUGUUUCGCAGAUACCCUGCUGUGACCUGCACUCACCUUACAGACGCUGGAGUCGCACGACUCAAUGCAAUUCUUUGAAAAAAUGUACUCUGUGAACUAGAUUAUUUAUUACCCAACACACUUCCCUGAUUCAUUUUGGAUUUUAUGCAACAUGAAUUCAAAGUCAAUUCGCUAAUGUAAUGCUUACAUUUUUAAUGUUUUUAAUGUUCUCAACCAUGUUGUUUGUUGAAAAUGAUUCCAUAAAACGGAACAAAUACAAAUGUUGCCAAACUGAUGUGAAUGCACUGAAAAUAUCCUCCUUGACUGGUGCUAAAAAAUGACAUUGAGUGAUAAAAUAAUAAAUUAUUUAUUGUAUUUUUUAUUGAUCAUCAAUCUAUUUUGAGCAUGAUACAUUUCUAAACACACACACUCAGCAUUACAUUUUAACUGGGCCAUAACUUUUUAUUAUUCAGAGAAAUCACAUUUUACACAGAACUGGAGCGUUGUACUGUUUUGUAGCAUGAUUGACACCAUUUACAUCUGAAUAAAGUGCAAACUAAGAGGUAUAACGCUAACCUUUAUGGCAAGCAGAACAUGAGAAAUGUUUUUUUUCAGUGUAACUGCCAUUCUAAGCAUGUAUAGUGUGUUCUGAUAAGAGCUAAUAUUAAGGAGUGCUGCUAGUUUGUUCAUUAGUCUCUUUUUGGAGAACUUGAAUGUACACGUCUGAGAUGACAAAACCUUCCAGCGAGCAUUUCAUUCCUCAAAAAUGCCCACUGUAUAAUAAAACUCAGUACCUGUGACAGGAUGAAACUAAAUCAAGUUAACACCGACAUGAUGUACACAUGUAUCUGAGCAUUACCUAAACUACAUUAGAAUUCUUCUUUUUCCAUCCCUUCAUUUUGACCUCACAUAGGAGAUCAUUACCAGCACAUUACUUGUAUCUGUUACUGCAGCACCAGAGGAGGCAGUAGGCACAGCGCAGCAGUUUCAGGGGCUAGAAGGUGAGUUCGCUGGGCAUGUCUGUGCCCUGCAAACCUCCCAGCAGGUUUUGAGCUGACAAAGCUCCCAUGAUGCCUCUCGUGGAGUAGGUGGCACUGCCGAUAUGUGGCAACACCACUGUAUAAGAAAGGAGAGGACAGACAAUUCCAUUAAAAAGACAAUCGCAAGGAGGUCAAGUGGGAAAAGAGGCUUCACAUCCUGUCCACUCACCACAGUUUUUUAACGUCAGAAGAGGGUGGUGUGUUGGGAGUGGCUCAGGUGUUGUGACGUCUAGUCCAGCUGCAGCUAUCUGUCCGCUGCUCAAAGCCUCGUACAGAUCCUCCUGGUUCACCACAGUUCCCCUAAAACCAGUAAUUCACCACAUCUUCAUCUUUACGUAUUUUAACCGCAAACACAGCCGGAGUCAGAAAUACAUGACAUCUUUUACACACCCAUCCAAACCCAUGCUUUUCCCAUGUUUGCGCUGCUUUGGAAGUUCACCUGCUUGAGUUGACGAAGACUGCCGUGUUUUUCAUCUUGCUGAAGAAGGCCUUGUCACACAAGCCCAGGGUUUCUGGCGUCAGGGAGCAGGAAACAACAAUGAAGUCACUCUCAGACAGGAGUGUGUCCAGGGGAACUGUCCAACAGAGGAGAGCAGGAGGAACAAAAGAGGAAACACAUCAAAUACACAGACCGUCUAACCAAAACCCUCAUAGUUUUAUAAUCUUAUUUGAUUUUCACUUCUUCUGUCAUCCUUUCACUGUGUACGUUUCUCUCCUUUUUCUUACCAAACUCUCCUUUCACCUCAGCAGCGUAGGCUUUGGCUGUUCUCCCAGAGUACAGCAGCCUGUUCACUCCAAAGGGCAUGAGUCUCCGAGCAAUGGCCAUGCCUGAACACAAGCACAACCAGUUCACCGACCAGCCCUAACUUUGUCGGGGUUAGGUGUGACAACACUGGAUUUGGCUACAGUAUCAAGUCAUAUGAUAUAUAUCCUAUUAUCAUGAAUUUAACGUGUCAAAGUAAAUGAAGCAGCAACAUCAAGCCUUACCAAUGCGUCCCAAGCCAAUGACUCCUACUGUGCUGCCAGACAGACCAUAACCACACAGCCAGAGAGGCUUCCAUGAGCUCCAGCCUCCACUGAGAGAGAAAGGACAAGACUAUAUGACCACUGUGUCACUCAAUCAAAUUUGACAGUGAUUAGUGUGAAUGUGGAACUUGGUGAGACUGACUUUUUGACCUCCUCCACUCCCUCUGGUAAUCUGCGAGCAGUGGCCAGCAGCAGACCUACGGUCAGUUCUGCUGUGGCGUCAGUCAGGACGUCUGGAGUGUAUCCAACACGUAUACCACUGUUGGAAAUGGACACCAAUUUAACUCAGAGGCCACUUGACACAUCACCCUACUGGUGGAAGGAUAUUUUAAUAAACAUGAGCUACCGU